GGCGGUGCGCGCCCGCGGCAAGGUCAAGGAGCCGGCCGGUCACCUGUCGCGCGGCAACGCGGCCAACAUCAUCACCACGCCCGGCGCCAGCUCGAUGCCAAAGACGCCCCUGCAGGACAGCUGCGUCAUGUGCACCAGCGACCAGUCGCCGAAGAACCGGACCGAGCGGGUGCGGCGCGUCAUCCACCGAGUGACGGCCGUCAUCGACGCCAGCCCCGACUCGUCGCCGGUGGCCAGCCCGAGCCAGAGUCCGUCGCCGGCGAGCGGCGCCGCCCGCAGCGGCCGCCGCCACCGCCACCUGCUGACGAGGAUCGACGCUCUGGCCACGCCACGCCGCCGCUACAGCGAGCAGGCCGACAACCAGGUGCGCGCGGUGCGGCCGACCUGGCGCCAGGCGCCCGGCGAGCUGUACCAGCGCGCCAUGCGCGGCGCUGCCUGCCGCAGCUGCAACAUCGUGCGCACGCCCUCGCCGCUCUCCGCCAACCCUUUCGCGUUCAUGGACAUUGAGGCGGACGGCCGCCAGCUGGGUCGGCUGACCAUCUUGCUGCGGGCCGACCUGGCGCCGCGCACCGUCGAGAACUUCCGCUCGCUCUGCACCGGCGAGUACGGCUUCGGCUACAAGGGCACGCUGUUCCACCGGGUGAUCCCGCGCUUCGUCUGCCAAGGCGGUGACGUCACAUUCGGCGGCCGCAACAGGCAGGCGCCGCUCUCCAUCUACGACCGGCUGUUUGAGGACGAGAGCUUCGAGAUGAACCACAGCGAGCCAGGCGUUGUGUCCAUGGUGAACAACGGGCCCAACACCAACGGCACGCAGUUCUUCAUCUGCGCCGCCAAGAUCACCUGGCUGGACGGCAAGAACGUGGCGUUCGGUCUUGUCACAGACGGACUGCAGGUGCUCAGAAAGAUCGAGGCCCUGGGCACAUCUCAAGGCGUGCCUCUGAAGCGCAUCGUUGUACACAAAUGCGGACAAAUCGUCAACGACUGAGCAGAUCACGUCGUUAAGCUGCAGUCGCUGAAAGCCACUAUCACUGUGGGAGGUCCUCAGAAAACCGUUUGGUUGGUCGCGUCCUGUCCCGCGCUAUAAAUGCGAAAAUAAAUUAGAAGCGGAGCAUCCUGGGAG